UCAUAACAACAAGUCAGACAAACCGUAUGCUGCAGUUUAGACUUAGAAGAAUUCGUUUUGUCAAAAAACUAAUAUAAUGAGUGACGACUGAUGAGUCUGUAUGAAUUUUGGUAAUCCGAGCUUUACCUUGAUUUACGAUUUACACAAAUAGUUCUUACCCUGACAUCGGCAGCAGACUGGUAGAAUGGCAGCUCCGCAGGCGUCCCAUACGGUUAUCAAAACCACAACAGUGACAAACGUGCCUGUCGUACACGAUGCCACAUCCCGAACUCCCGAGCAGCUUUUGGAUCGUUUGGUGGAAUUUAAUAAGCAUGUCGACCAUAUUGCCCGUGUGGAAGCAAUUUUGAUGCACGAUAUGGGUUUGUCCAAGGAAGAUGCGGACGUGUUCAUUCGAUCGGGCGUAGACGGAGUUUUUGGAAGAUUGCCAUCUGGCCCAUCCGCGCAGACAGCCCGCAGUCCCAGUCAUGCAGGACCGGACGCUCGCCUGAAGACGCCUGAUUCGACUGUAGGAAUUUGGAUGAACGAAUUAACUGAGGAUUUCGAUGAGAAAAAGUACUUCCUGGAACGGACUAAGCCUAUAUUGGUCAACUUCGAGCAGUCUACACUUCGUAUCCGUCGUCCCAACCAUCGCGUUGUCCCUCGAAUGGCCUUCUUUAACGAGCAUGAGAAACAGAAACUGGAGGACGUCACGUGGACCGAAGAACGAGAAUACGACCUGCGAAACGCCGACGUAUUCCUGCUGCCGUUUGACGUCCCGGUCAAAAUCCGUUGGCUGUGUCGUUUCCCAAUUGGAAUCAAAUUGAAGGAACUCGGGCAAGCGGCUGGCGAAUUGGUGGUGGAAGCGCAGGACAAGGACACCAAGUUUCUUAAGAAAGAUGCAUCCACGCUGAUACUGUUCGCUCGGUGUGAUCGGGAGAAAGAGGAGCUGUUCUGGCGCUUCAUCACGGCCAGUGGGAAAACGCCGUACCGUUUCGCCAUGCCGUCAGUGAACAUCUCGCCGGAUAUGACUGUGCUGACCGCCUUCGUGCAUCGCGUGGGAGCGGAUAUUCUGGUCGAUCCACUAUGGCGAAAGAUUCUUUUUGAAAAAUUCGGACAGAAACUGGGACAGAUCAAGCGGCCGUAUUAUUUGGAAGAGCUGAAAUUGACGGAUUUGAAUUUGGGACGCAGUCUGCCAACGUUUGGAGAGGUGUCGCGGGAUAUUCGUGUUGAUCGAUUGGGGUUGUGGUUUGAAGUGGAUUUCGAGAUGCGCGGACCGAUUACGAUCACUCUGGAGACUAGCAUGAAUGUCCUUAAAAUGACCCAUCCAGAGGAAAAAGGAAAAGAGAACAGCGGUUCGGAUGAUCGAGCUCGCAUGGCAUAUGGAACGCUGUCAUCGUUGUAUGGCGGUUACGUGGACGACGACGAAUUUGAAGAGGAAACGGAAAUGCCUGAAAAAGCCAAGCCGAAAGCUAUGCGUUUAAUGGAAUACAUUGCGGAAUCGAAGGCUUUCAAGUAUUUCAGCGAAAUUGGUUUCAUCAAGAAAUCCUUGGAAGAGGUUAGCGACACUACUUUGACGGUGAAUAUUGAAAUAAAGCUGAUCAAGGGACGCAUGGCGAUGAAUCUGCCUCAUCCGCCCAGUGACCGUUUAUGGUACGGGUUCAUUCCGGCUCCGGAAUUCGAUUUGGUGGCGACACCGCUGUUUGGUGACAAGAAGAUUGAUUUCACUAUGGUGACGGAUUUCCUGGAGAAGACCAUGACGAAACAGUUUCACCAGAUCUUUACGAUUCCCAACAUGGAUGAUAUCACGGUUCCGUUCGCCAAUUCCGGUAUCGACCCCGAAGAAUAUCGUAUGGCCAAACUGCGGGAUUUGGUCGUAAAAUUAGCUUAGUUUUAUUUAUCUACAUUAGCAUCGCGUUUUUUUUGCAGUCGUAUGCGAAAUGUCAGGUCACCUGUUAACUAACGAACGCAGAUCUCAGUGGAUCUUUCGUUUUUGAUACUUGUUUUCGUUUCGUUCAUUCCCAGCUCUAAAGAGUGUAGUGUGUACUAUUUUUGUAGCUUUCUGUAAUGCAACCAGUGCGAAGUUGUUUUCCGUGUUACCAUUCGGUUUUACAAUUGUCUGUUUUUUUAGCAGCUUACUGUAGUUGUAAAGUCUGACCGCAGUCCGCGAUCUUGCUUGUUUAAUAUAUUAAAAUUUAAUAUUGCGGUUAACUGAACCGGAAACAA